CACCCCCUCCUCCUCCCCUCACCUUCUCUCCCAGAUCGAGCAGCAGGUCAGGCGGCGGCCAGAUCCGCCACGGCGCUUCAGGAUCCGCGCCGUCGUCACGCGAAGGAGGCCGGCCGCUUCUCUCCAGUCGCUCGCGCGCCAGGAGAGGAGGAGGCGGCGGCCACCGCUUCCUUUCUCGGACUGACGCCGCUCUUCCGCGUGAGGAGAGAGCUCGCUGCGGCUCAGCUGCUCCGACCCUAGCGUCGACGCCAUGGGCCUCAUCAACAAGGAGAACUUACCCCUGGAGGAGGCAUCCGAGAACCUGAGAUAAAUCUUCGGGCCCAACAAGCAAACCCCAGGAGAAGGAGGAGGAAUGGAAGGGGGUGAUGAGACCUCGGCGGUGGAGGCGGAGCUGGGGCUGAGCCCUCAGAUCUUCAUCAAUGAGGUCCUCAACAUGGUUGAUGAUGUCCGCUUCCAGGCCUUUGAGUACUGCCUCCAGGAAGGCGCCCCCGCGGCCGUUGGCGCCGCCACAGCGACCAAUAAGGCCGAGGAGCUGGAAUGGGGAGUAAAUGCAAUUUGCAACUUGGUAACGGAUGUAUUGAACAAAAGAAUGAACAAUUGGGAGAUGUAUUGCCUUCGGAAAUGUUUAACUGUACCUGAAGGAUUUGUGGCGCCUGAAGAUGAUAAGUCUUCUGCAAUGGUGUUGCAUAAAGAUGGGAAUUCUGAUUCGGAACUGGAUGCAGAACUUAAUUUUUUGAGAAAAAAGUUGGCAGUUGCUAACAUGGAAUCUGAAGAACUUAGAAGAGAAAUUACUUACUUGGAAAGGCAAGCUACAUACAAGAGUAACCUUAAUUCCUCUAUCGCUGAAGUACUGAAGUUGUAUGAAGACAAAUCUGUUCAGGAGAAUAUUCAAGCUUUUGCGAACGCAAUACCAAAAUUGCACCAGAAAAUGAAGGUUAUGAAAAGGAAAAAGGUUGAGGUUGAGCCCAUGGUGGGUCAAAAUGUUUGCAAUGUCAAUUGCCUCAGAGACCAGAAGCGAUUAGCACCGGCCACGGGUAAGGGCUCUACUCCUAGCACCGAGGACGUUCGAGAGGUGAACGCGUCCGUGAAAGGCUUGCGGAAGGAGUAACUUGUGUUGUGGGCGGUUGCAGUAAUCUGUGUACUACCAAGUACGCUGUAAUCUUGCCAAGCUACCGUCUUGCUAGCUACCUGAGAACUGCAGUUUUAUCAGAACAGCCGCAUGUACUACAUGUAUGCAGAUGUCAACUAGUAGAUAGAUAGAACAACUCGAAAUACCAGUAGCACUCUCCAGUCUCCAGAAUUCUGCAAGACCUAUGUACAGUGCUUGACCCCAUCCUUCUUGCCAUUUGUUGACCCGGGACGCAAUUUCGACAAACAAAUACUGUAAAAAAAAUCUGUAACAAACUC